CUUCGUUAAUUUCCAACGUUCGCAUUGAUCCGUCAUUGUCGGUAUGAAUGAUGAUGGACGUGGAGGAGACCAAUACCGCGUCCACUGCAAGUUCCUCACCAAGACCCUCCAGUCCUGCAGCAGAUUCGACUUUUAUCAGGUCGGGCAAGUUGAUUUCGACGUCUUUGGUCAUUGUUUUUAAACUUAAGCAGUGGAGAAGGUCUCAGCAACCGUUAAAACCUCGUUCGUGGUUUACAGUGCGUGAAUAAAGAAAUUUAAUUGAAUACAUUGUGCCCGGCACGAAAGAGAGAUCGGAUAACGUGAAGAGGGAGCCAAGCACGGAAGAACCCAGCAGCCCUCUCGAGGCAACGAGUCCUGCUUCUAUCCUGCGCAACAACAACGCGAUGGAUCACGCGAAAAGCCAGGGGACCACGGAUCCACUGAAAAUCGGCGGAAAAGGCCGUGCUUGCGUUACCCGAAAAAAGUUUUCCCCUUAGAACGUUCCAUUGUGAAGGGGGCCGAUUAAAAAAGGAAAACGAGAGAGAGAGAGAGAGAGAGAAAGAACGAGCAAGGGCUAAAAGAGAAGAGGAAGAAAAAUAUAUAAACGUACACGCAGUUGUAAAUAAAAGUGACAACGAAAAGAUCAGAGAGGUGAAGAGAGAGGAAGGAUCGAAGAAGAAAAAGGAACGACCGAUCUCUCGAUCUCGCGUAAUAAUAAAAAAAAAAAAUAAUGGGUUGAAUCCUCGCAUCGUUUUUCUUUUCCAAGAUCCGAAGGAAGUGAGAGAGGAAAACUAGAAGGGGGGAUAACGAUGUCGAUGAGAACAUAUCCUCGCACGAAGACGACACCACGCGUCUUCUCAAACAAUGCUGAACCCUUUCGAAGAUCGGGAUUUCCACGGAUUUUCGCAGCCCCCAGGCGAGAUAGUUAAUGAGAAGGGUCUUCUCAUGCUGUUGUGACACGGUGUGCCAGUGAAGUGUGGAUUUCUUUCCUUCUUUUUUUUUCACGUUUGUUCGCGCAAUCGCGAUCAGGUGCUCUCGCGUGUUACCGCGGUUGUUUCGCUUUUCAGUCGACGCGAGGGAGAAGAAAAAAAGAGAGAUAUGAAGUCUCGAGUCAUAACCUUUCCAAUUAAAUCCGUGUAACGCGGUUCUUCUCUCGAUCCGUCAACAUCCGUUCUUCGACUUCCGUGUUCCCAACGCUUAUUAACGAACGUGUAUCCACCACCUCCUCUUCCUAAUUCUUUCGAUCUCGCGUUUUCUUUCGAUACAGACCAACACCGCGACGCGUUACCAUCAUAUUCUCUCCAAGUGUAAAAGCCUGUUGCUCGAUCCGUUCGCGGAGGAAAAUCACGACGAAUUGGAAGAAGAGAGGAGCAUGCGUGAAUAAAAAAAAUUCCAUCGUUGGAUCCUUUUUCCAUCCACAUAUAUAUAUAUAUAUAUAUAUAUAUCGAGGCACGAAACAGUUGGAAACGGUGAAAUUCGUCGCGACACGAUUCCAACGCCGUCCGUCGAUAAGGAUCGGGUGAAAAUAGAAACGUGUCACGGUGAGCUUCAUAAAGCAUCCGCGCGUAAUCGUAUCAGAUUGAAUAAUAGGCUGCUCAAGGCUACCGAAAAGCAUUGCCCCCGGCCGGCAGCGUCUGGAGAAUAACGAGAAUCGUAUGAACGGGAGCAACGCCUAAUGUGUUCGAAGUCGCUUUUGAAGGCGAGAGAUUAACAGAUAAAACGCGCUCCGGUGGCCGCUGGCCGUGGAUGUGCCAAAAUUGUUCGUCAGUCGGCUGCGGGCAGCUUCAUUGAGAAUCUGGCCUGAGGAGGUAACGGCCACUGACCUCGUCGGCGUUGAGAACCGCUCGGAGAGGAAUGCUUUCGCGAAACCGUAGCACCGCCGAUUUUCUUGCGGACGCUUCUUCAUCCUCCUCGUCAUCGUCCUCUUCUUCGAUAUCGUCGCCUCCUUCGUCGUCGUGUUAUCCCUCGUUCUCGCCGCCGAGCUACGAUUGGAUCGAUUCGUGGGAAAGCAGGAUGAGGAUCGUUCGCUCGUGAAGUUUCGGGGAACUCGAGAAGCGAAGUCGACCGAGUGGAAAUCGAAAAGUUUUGAAAUUGGCCCGAUUCGACGAGGAAUUCGACGUGGAUGUGUGCCGCUUUGUUCGUCGGUAAAUUAGUGUGAGCCAUCGUGGCGGGUACGGAAAGUGAGCCUACACGUGAACCCUCUUUUUCAAGACUGUUUCCUUUUCCUUUUUUCUUUCUUUUCCACGCUGCUGUGUGUUUCGUUUCUCGAUCUCUGCUUCCGCAACUUUCUCCCAACUCGGUUUAACACGAUCAACGAUUUAAACCCACGCCUCACGUCGAGCCGUAUUCGAAGGAGACAAGGAUUGCUCUUGCAUCUCGAGUCCUCCCGAGUCCUCGAGAGAUAUUUUUCGAAAGGAGGAAUAAAAAUAAGAAGGAAGAAGAGAAUAGACAAGGGAAGAGAGGGAUUAAGAAAAAGACGAGGGAGGAGAGGCAUCUGUAAACGAAGGAAAGUGAUCAGACAUCCGAGCCGGACGCGAAUCGAAUCACGUAGAGAGUCGAGUACGCGAAUGGUGACCGCAGUUGGCAGCGAGGUGCGCGAUCGCCAUCAUCAUCACCAUUUCCUCUUCGUACAAUGGACGUUUUCAAAAUCGACCAGUCGCUGAGCGCGGGUCUGGGUAGCGCCCCGGCGCCAGACACCCUUACACCGGAAGUGUCGUUCGACGCCGGCAGUGAGUUCAAUUUGAGCUUCUUCGACGGACCGGAGGAGAACAGCACGCAAGGAUUCAGCGAUCCAGGUUCCGUUGGUAGCGCCAGCGCAUCGCCACCGCCUGGAACACCGGCCAGCAUCCCUGUUAAUCCCUCGAACGCCGCCCUACCGAUUGUCCAAGUGCCCCCUGGCAUCGUCAUUAAGCAAGAACAACACUACGCGGCUGCCGAUUCGAACAGUUCGACGCCCGCGAAGAGUUUCGUGGCCUGUAGAGUUUGCGGUGACAAAGCGAGCGGUUAUCAUUACGGUGUAACCAGUUGCGAGGGUUGCAAAGGUUUCUUUAGGAGAAGCAUUCAAAAACAAAUAGAAUACAGGUGCCUGAAGGACGGCAACUGUUUGGUCAUCAGAAUAAGUAGGAACCGCUGUCAGUACUGCAGAUUCAAGAAGUGCCUAGCUGUCGGCAUGUCCAGGGAUUCCGUUAGAUACGGCAGGGUGCCGAAACGUUCAAGGGAACGUGGCCCCGAAGACACGGUACCGACCACCACGACAACGACCACCACCACAGGUGUACAGCAGCUCACGUCCCCAACUGGUGGAAACAAUAACAAUAACAACACCACUAACAAUAACAACAACAACAACAACAACACCAGCAGCCAGAACAAUAACAACAACAGUCAAGCUCAAAAUGCUAUACCGUGUGUACCACCGGCUGCAGUGGUAGAGGCGGAUCAAUCAGACGCGGAUGUGAAACAGUUGGCGGUUUACGAUGUGAUACUUCAAGUUUCUCAGGCGCACCACGCUCACUGCGGUUUCACCGAGGAAUCAACGAGGGGUAUCGUCCGGAAACCGAUGAUAAUACCGGCGAGUACUUCUUCGCAGCCCGCCAGCCCAGAGGAUCCAGAGGCGGCAUCCUCAACAGCAGAAACAGUUGAAUCGCAAAGGAUUUGGCUUUGGCAACAAUUUGCCACCAGGAUAACACCGUCGGUUCAAAGGGUGGUGGAAUUUGCCAAAAAGGUCCCAGGAUUUUGCGAUCUUUCGCAGGAUGAUCAACUAAUCCUGAUUAAAGUUGGUUUCUUUGAGGUCUGGCUAAGCCAUAUUUCAAAGAUGACCACCGAUAGUUCGAUGACAUUCGAGGAUGGUACUUAUAUCACUAGGCAACAAAUGGAAUUGAUGUACGAGCCAGAUUUUGUGUCUGCUUUGAUGCAAUUUACAUCGGCCUUAAACGCUCACCAACUGUCGGAUACCGAGUUGGGACUUUUCUCUGGUGCCGUUCUUCUGAGCGAAAGGCCAGGCCUGAAUGAUGUGAAAGCGGUACAGAGGCUUCAGGAUCGCCUCCUGGAGGCAUUGAAGGUGCAAGCAUUAAGGAACCAUACAGUUUCCGGUGAGGCUACCUCCGCGGGCGGGUGUUCCGGUGUCUCGAGCGUUUCACAAAGGAUACCAGAAUUAAGGGCCCUAGGUGCCAGACAUGCGAAUCUUCUCGACUGGUUCAGAAGAAACUGGACCAAGCUCAAAUUACCACCCUUGUUUGCUGAGAUAUUCGACAUUCCCAAGUGUGAAGAAGAUCUUCAGUGAAGAGAAUGUUUCAGAGUACAUCGAGUUAAUUCGACGAGAACGGCCCUGCCGGAAGAAUUUUUUUAAUUGCCGGCGUUCAUCGCACAAACGCAGCUCGGACCUCGAGAACGAUUUAUUUCCACUCGAUGGCAGUGAUGCACAACGGUACGAUGACAAGAGGACGCUCGGUUUGUUUGAAAAAGAAGGAUUGUUGCGAUUAGGCACGAUAUCGCAUUUUAAUUUCACUAUUAUCAACAUCGUGUGCUUUUCGCUUAUUGACGUACAGGCUGGAAGAUGAAUCGUUUCGAGGUGAAAGAUAUAGAUUACUAAUCGAAACACUCUUGAGACGAUAUAAGAAAAAGAGAAAGUUUAUUCGAUCAACAAGGAAUGAUUUUUACAAUGCAGAUAAUCGACGAUUGAAUCGAUCGAUAAUGAUGUAUUGGAGGAAAUAUAUAUGAAUGGAUAACUUUUAAAAAGUUACUAGAUUUAGAAAGAAAAUACUUUCUUUAAAAUAAUUAUAAAAGGCAAGUCCUCCUUCCAUUGUUCUAAAUUGUGCAAUGGUAAAUAAAAAGUGCAAACUAAGUUUCAAAUAAAGCAGAACAAAUUUGUAUCAUUUACUAUGUGUACAAUAUCACUGUUCCAACGAAAGCAUUUAAAUACUCAGCCGGUAAGGAAGGGAAUCAAGUUUCGUAUCAUGCAAAUUUCGCGCAUAUCGUUGAUUGCAAUAAUGCGACGUAGUGAUUGAAUACGCGUCGCGUCGUAAAAAUAGCACAAAAUCGUGAUCAAUUUACAGGCACGUUUAUUAUUACGAUUUAUCCAGUUAAAUAAUUUUCAAGCGAAUCUUUCGAAAUCUCGAGUAAAUAAAAAUUAUACGAAUAUUUAAAAAGACGAGUAAACAGUGUGCAGCGAUCUGUCGAAAACUGUUCGAAAUUUCACAAAUACUACAUAUAUAUAUAAUGCAACAUUGAACUUAGACAUAUCGAAAAUAUAAUAUCGUAUUUUUUUCAUACAAUCCAUUCAAAAAUACUAUUUCCGUCUUUAAAGAUUCAACGGAUAGCUGCACGUUUAUGCGAUCACAAAUAAAAAAUAAAUAAAUAUGCUUGUAACGUACAUGCAAAAGAUACACGUCCUUUGUAGCUAAAAUAUGGACAAAUGCAUGCGCGUACAAAACUGAUACUUCACACUUAUAUACAUAUACAAAUUAAAAAGUUUCACGCUAUAUAAAAGCUCAAAAGGAAAUCUUUAUAGGACGUAUCUCUUUAGAUGCAUCCGCUACGAAUCUCAAUCUAUGCAAUCUCUAUUUUUAUUACUUGACAAGUAGUAUAGUGAAUUACCUUUAUAGAUAUUGUUGCAUCGCUUCAGGGUGUUCCGCGAAAAUUAAAAAUAAUAAAUGAAGCUAUUUUUUUGUUAAAAUUUAUUAAAUUGUCGAUACGAGAUUUUUAGUGAAUAAUAUCUUGCGUAACAAAAAAAAAAUGAAGAAAAAAGAAAGAGUUGAACAUUAUGUAUUCAAUAUAUUUGUUGUGUUAAAUUGUUAUUAUAUUUGUUAUUGAUCUACGGCUGAAAAUCGUUUAUUAAUUGUUAACGAAAUCCUGAAGUGAGCAUGUUUGAAUCUUCGAACUCUUGAAUACUAAUAAUUCUCUGACAAUGACUAGCAUGUAAUGUGUAUCAAUAUGUAAUUAAUAUACAUAUAUAUAUAUAUAUAUGUAUAUAUACAGUAGUGGAUAAAAAAAAUUUACAGAGUUAUACAUUACAAAGUACUAUAAUUUAUUAAGGAGAAAUUAUAUUUUAUAAAAAGAAUCAAUAUAUGAAAAUAUAGAUUAUCUGAAAAAAUAAAAUUAAUAAUUAUAGUAUAACAUACAUAUAAGAAUGAGAAAACAUAUAUUUUAUUUAAAGAACACAACACUUUAUUUAAAAAAUAAGAAAUUUAAUUAAAAAACUAUAUAAAUUUAUUUAUAAAUAUUUUUUAUAUAGUUAAAUAUAUUUAUUUCUGAAUUUAAGAUCUAACAUUUUUUUAUCAAUUGAUGAUUUUUUUUUUUAAAUUUUCUUAAGAUUUGAAAUUUUAUCUAAAUCUUUUUUUAGUUUAAUUAUAUUAAUUUUUAUCUGUAUAUUAAUUUAUAUUAUAUAAUUGUAUUAUAUAUAUUUUUACUUCUAUAUUAAAUAUUUAGUAUCUUCAAUUUUCAUUUUCAUUUUCAUUAUUUUUAUAAUUUAUCUAUUUUAAUAAAAAAACAAAUAUAGUAAAAAUUGAUUUAUAAAUUUUGUAUUUUGUAAAAUUAUUAUUAAUCAUAUUAUUUUUAAAAUUUUGUCCCAAUAGUUUCUAUUUCAUAAAUAGAAUUUUACAAAUAAACAAACGUUUACAUAUCAGUAUGAGAAUUUUAUAAAUCAGUCAUAUAAACAUAAUGUCAAGAUCUAGCGUUAAAGAUAUAAUUACACAAAUAUACGAAAAUAUCGUUUUUUAAUUUUUUUAACCGCUACUGUAUAUAUUAUAUAUUCAUCGUGAGAAAUGAAAAAAAUGUAAGUUUAUCUAUUAGAGAAAUUAAUGUUUUAUCUAGCGUCGUACUUAAAUUAAAUAUAAUAUAUCGUCGGUAUAUCACUGUCACUAAAAAAUGAAAGAAAAUAUGAAAAAAGACUAUCUUCAUGAUACUAGAAGGACGGAAAAAUUCCAACUCUAAGCGCUCACAUCAUGUUGUGAAUAAACAUAUCAUACCUAAUUAAUAUAUUGAACAAAGAAAGAAUAUCAUCGUUUAAUAUAAUAUAAAUAUGAGUCUAUAUAUAUUAAAAAAAUAUAUAUAUAAAGAUUAUAAAUCUAUAUGCAAGAAGAAUAGUUAUUAAAUGCAUUAUGUCGAACGAGCGUAGACCUACAACGGUAGGCCAUUUUUCAAUCUAUUAAAGCAAAGAAAUUAUAUUAUACAUAUGUGUACAUCCACGCACAUGAGCAUACGUAUAUACGUGUACACAAUUCAACAAAUUUUUUUUUUUCUAAUUCUAAUUCCUUCGAUAAAAAUCAACAACCAAAUAUUUCUCUUGGUUCACUUACAAUCUACCAAAAAAGAUCUGCGCCAAAAGACAUAAUAGAAGAAAAAACAUAUGCAGCGAGUCAUUUCGAAUAUGUUUUAAAUUAUUAAUUUUAUCCUCUUCGUCGUGAGACACAUAAAGGAGGAAAAUCUCAAUAAAAUGAGAAAAAAUCAAAUCAUUUGAUACACAAUAUAUUGUAUUAAAUGAUUUGAUUUUUAUAAAUAUAUAUAUGAAAAUUUUCAUGUUCGAAAAAAUUCUGUAAUUUGAAUCUAGUGGUUAUUCUAAUUAUCUAUAUUAAUCUAAAAAUGAAAAUGAAAAAAGAGAUAAAAAGUUGCGACAUUUUCCUCCUGUGAUAUUUGAAUUGCGAUUUGUUCGUUCGUUUUUUUCAAAAUUUCUAGUCCCCACGACUUAUUCGCCGAGUUAGCAAUCGUAUGACAUAAUAAUAUUCUCGUAAACGUUGUUGGAACACGUUAAUUGAAACGGCCAAAUACUUAAAUAACAAUAUUAACAUAAUAUAACUAUUAUUCAAUCGCGCAGGUCAAUCAUCUUCGUUAAGCAAUAGUAAUUCAACAUCAAUCGUUCAAUGUCAUUAAAUAUUUAAAAAUGUAUUAUAUUCUUACGUGAAAAAUAACUCUAAAUGCUCAUUCAUUCUUGUAUCUUGUAUUUUCUUUCCUAAUUCGCUCAACUAUUUUAGUAAGAUUGAAUAGGAAAGUGAUUGACUGGCAUAAUCAAAACAAUAAGAAUGAUAAUUAUGAAGUUAUAUUAUUUAAGCUAAAAUAUAACAUCCCUUUUCUUCUUCCCUUCAUCUCGUGUUCCGACCGAAGCGCAAGAUCACUUUUUCCCUUUUACACUUUUUCCUCUUAAUCCCAUUCCCAUUUUCGUUUCAUCUUUAAUCUCGUGUAAUGCUAUUUUUUAACCUUGAGAUUUCGGUCAUGGUGCUAUAAUAUCUGUACAUAUAUUGUGGGAAUCGUUACGUAAUCAUUGUACCAUUAUUAUUAAUAUUAUUCAAACUAAUCGUAUUCAAUAUGGUUAUUAUUAUUAUUUUAUUAUUUUGAUAUCAUUGAUACUCAUAUUUACAUGAGCGUUGCGCCAAGUUAUGAAUUUGUUUCGUAUUUUGCAUAUAAAUAUUGGGAAACGCUACAAACAAAAAAAAUGGCGGUUCUUUUAAUUUUUUUAAGAGAUAAAAAUAUAUAUAGCAUAUAUUGUAUAUAUAUGCUAUGUAUAUAUAUUAUAAAUAUAUAUAUAUAUAUAUAUAGUAUAUUCCGCCCGUAAAACAGGACUCUGCAAUAAUCAUGAUUUUGUUUGAUAUUGAUUCUAUGAUUGUAUAUUUAUAGAUAAGUUGUGCUCAAGCGUACAUCUUGCGUACGCUGUAUCACAUAUAUUAUACAUACUCUUCUUUUUUAUAUAGGCGAGAUAUUGACUGCAUAUUAUAUUUAUAUUGAAUGUUUUAUAAAUCAUACAAGAAACAGGAACUAAUUAUUUCUCUAAUGAUUCUAAAAUAAAUAUAUUUCUGAAAUUAAAUAUUACAGAAUUCUUGACAAAACAAAUAAUAAUCUAAAAAUGGUAAAUAAAAAAAUAUCUUCUCAAUAAUAUGUAUAUAUUGUAUAUGGGUUAAAUCAUUCAUAAUCAUUUUAUAUUCGAUACAAAAUCCUCAAUUUUUUUUCAUUGAUUUAUGAUUUAUAAAACAAUCAAUAUAUACAAUAUAUCGAAGUGAUUAAUAUAAUGAUAACGAUGGAUGAUGGCGUGCCAAGUGAGGCGGGAAUUGUUCUUUAAAAGCAAAAAAAAUAUAAUAUUACAUAUAUAUGUAUAAAAUAAUAUAAACGACGAUAAUGAUAUUAAGAUAAAUAAGUACGACAAAACGACUGCUCUAUACUGCUAAAGUACAAAUGUUUCAUUUUAAUUGUUUUAUAAAAAGGAUAUCGAUUUGUUAGAAAUUAGGUUUAAUACGUGCACGCUCUGGCGCGCGAUGUACGUUUAAUUAUAUUUAUUUGUUAAUCACUCCCUCCUUGCCUUUAUCUCUCUCUCUCUCUCUCUCUCUCUCUCUCUCUCUCUCUCUCUCUCUCUCUCUCUCUCUCUCUCUCUCUCUCUCUCUCUCUCUCUCUCUCUCUCUCAUUCUCUCUCUGCAUAAAACAUAGUAAUCCCUCCAUCACGUGUCUUAACAACGCAUGCGCAAUGAUACGCUCAAAUUCACUCAUUUCGCGUUUUCUACGCGUUUAACCUCAUAUGCAACGUGUACUCUUUCCUGCCGUACUUAUGUAUUUAAAUUGCAUGACAUACAACAUACAACAUAUUUUGGUAAUAAUAUGGAUGCAUACAGAUAUAAAAAGAUAUAAAAUUUGUCGUUUUCGUCGUAACACACACAGACUUUGAAUGGUCUCAAAUAAUACAGACAAUCAAUAUAAUGAUGUCUGACGAUCGAUGCUGAACAGGGAAUAUAAACUUCAAUAAUACUUUUUUCUAUACAACGUUUCCCAGUCAUUUUUAAUUAACUUAAUAUGAUAAUAUUUGAUGUGUAUGAUUCUCUCGCUAUUAUGAUAAUAAUUAUGAUCAUAAAAAUAUAUUUUGUUCGUUCUAAAGCAUAUAAAGAUAGAUAUAAUAUUAUAGAAUAAAGAUGUUUAAAAAAAAAUGUAUAUAAUAUAAAGAAAACUUCGAUUAUUGAAAAUUGAUUUAAAAAUAAAAAGAACAUUUCUAUAAAAGAGAAUUUUUUAUAAAAUAUCUGUAAAAUUUAUAGAUUGGGAAACGUUGAUUUAUUUAAUCAACAUACGACAAUAAUACGUAAUAUUAUUUUGUUAUAAAACAACGAAUUGUUUAAAAAGAUUAUUUAUUAAAAUAUAGCAAUAUUCAAUAUCUUUAUUCCUAAAAAGAAUGAUUUCAAUUAUUUUUGUUAUUAUAAGAUAUUUAAUUGAUUGAUAUGAUUAAAAUAUUAAUGCAAUAUACAUUUUUAAAAAAUUUUUGUUUUAAUUCAAAAUAUAAUUAUUAUCAAAUAAAAAUGUAAAAAAAUAUUUUUCUAAUUAAAAAAAAAGAUACUAAUCUUACUACUCUACUGUGAAUAAUAAUUCCAAAUAAAAAUACAUAAAAUAAAUUUAAUAUAUAUCAUAUAUUCAAUAAAUUUACGUUAUUAUUGUCGUUGCUUGAUUCCAUCAUAUAUCCAAUGUUGUAUUUCUAAUUCAUUCAUGGAUAUUUAUUAAAUAUAUUUUUUGUUUUAUAUAAUGCUUCACUCAUGCUGGUACUUAAUCGCAUCAAUAUCAUUUCAUUCGAUAUUCGAAUAAUUUCUAAUAUUUCAGAAUAUAUUCACCAAUCCAAAUAACGAUUCAAUCCAUUAAAUUAAUACAUUUCCAAUGUAAUGUGUUUUCCCUAUUUCCUAUUAGAUGAAUUAAUUUAUCAUUAUAAUUAAUACACGCUUAUGUUCAAAUAUUAUAUUAAUGCGAAAUAUUAGAUGUAUAAAUAAUAAUUUUGAGAAAAUUAUAUAUGAUAUUUGAUUUGUAAAAUAAAAUUAAGUAUAAUAAAAUACGCAAUUUAAACUAAUUCAAAUUAAAAAAUCAUGACGAAUAGGGAAAGCAAUGGAAAAAAUAAAAUAAUUAUCUGGAAUAAGAAUUGAAACCUAUGAAAUAAUAAUUUGAAUCUAUUGCAAUUAUGUUAUCUGAAAUUUUGAUAUCAAGAAAAUUCAAUGGAAAACAAUUAUGCUAUCGCAAUACAUUUCGUUCUAAUAAAUGCGCAAGAAAAUAAGGAAACAAAAUAUGUAUAUCUUUAUAAUACAUACCGUCACAAUAAUCGAUUAAUAUUUUAUAUUUUUUCCUGUAAGACAAAAGUUUGUCCAUUUUAGCUCUUUGCAAAUAUGCGCAUAUCAAUCAUAUGUAUUUUUGUAAAACUUCUAGAAAUUAAUUUUGUCCGAAAUUUACGCUGCCGAUAGUUCGUCUCAUAACAUAAAAUUGUUUUGCAAUGAAUCGCGAUAAAAAAUGGAUUAAAUCGCAGAGAGUUAAAAUACAUGGACGAAAUUUGUCAACGGUAGAAUGCUUGACCAUUUGAGUGCAAAUAAUCAUGAUUGCAUUCCUCGAUACUUGGACAAAAAUACGAAAAGCACGAUAUGCUUCUCAUAUUUCUACCAAUAUAAAACAAUUGUUGAAUGCAAUUAAGCAAUAUCGCACGUCCGGCAGUUGUCUUUUUAUUGACAAAAUUGUUCGUGAUUCACUGUUAUUUGAUCAGUAUCAAUUAAUAAACUUUUUAAAUAGUGUUAAAAAAUAAAGGCAACAUUUCUUUCUAUCUUAAAUCCUUCAAUCCUAAUUCCUAACUCUCUUUUCUAUUUAAAAUUUUAACUUUAAAUACAUAUAAAAUAGUUCUGCACUCAAAUGGUUCAAUCGACAAUUAUCGCGAUGAAGAUCGAUAAUCAUGUUAAGAUCGUUUUGCAGUAAACAAAUAUAUACGAAGCACAUCUGGCACUCCGUGAACAGUACACCGUGUAUUUGCCACGAGUUCCGGCAUCAGAAUACGUAUCCGAUUCGCGCUCACGUCUGCCCAGCAGAGAACGGGAAAUCCACGAAAGUCUCUUUCGGAUAAUGUUACUAAACGAUUAUGUGAUGCAUUCAAUUCUUCCAGAGAAGGAAGCCACGUCUAUACAGAAAUAUCAUAAUUAUAAAUGUGGUAAUAAGGAAAUUUUUUCAAAAAAGAUAUUAUUACACAUCUAUUUUGAGAUUUGUAUAUAUUAUAUGUUUUUUUAAUUAAUCAUUGAUUUGUAGGAAAAAUUUAAUUCUUUAAUAUUAUGUUCAAUAUCUGAAUAAAUCAAAUAUUGUAAUGAAACUAUACAAUUAUUAUGAUAAAAACACGUAUGUGAAUUAA